GCAGAUUUAAUGGUGGGAUAUAAAUUCGUCUGGCACUGGCGUCAUUCUUUCUUUCUUUCUUGGUCGAGUUUAGUAUUUGGGAAUUCGCCAUCAUCGCCAUUCUUCUUCUUACAACCCGAAGCAAUGAGGGAUGUUCGCCUGUGGCAGACGUUAUCUAUCGACCGGUCCGAUUUUCUUCUCUCUCUACUCCGUAUCUAUCUCUCUCCUUUUACCCUUCUUCUGGGUUAAUGUCCAUUGCCAGGUCAAACAUCCCACUCGGUCCGAAUGGACUGAUUGGUUUUAGUGUGUGGGGAAUUUCAAAAAAGUCAGACACGCAAGUUCAGCAUUUUUUUUUUCCAGCCUCAAUCCACCCAGUAUAUUCCCUCGGCGAUGUUUGUGACCUGUAUAACCCUAUCAAACGGAUCACGGUCAUGCCCAAUUCCACAUGAGUGAUCAGAUCACCGAGUUGUGGGAGGAGGUUAUUUGGGCGCAUGCGCGCAAGUGUGUGUCUCUUUGGGGAAUGCGGUCGAAUCCCUCUUCCCUAUUGGGAAAGACACCAGCAUCUCCACUCUUUUCACCAAAUGCACGCUGAAAUCAUAGGACCACAACUGACGUAGUGGUGGGAAAUCCUAUCAACUAAACGUAAAAUGUCGAUCCCAUGGUCAACUCCUACUGCCCGUCUGACUAAUAAACCCCUUUUACAUCAUUUCCAGACCCGACGAACCAAAGCUGUUACAAGAUUGGUGGUGCACGUGGGAAGUUACUUCUUUCUGGAUGAUAUCUAUCGUUGGGCUCCAUCUCCGAAAGUGAGCGUGACGAAAAGAGUGCGAGCGGAAAAAGAAGGAAGAAGAAGAAAAAAAAAAAA